AUGACUCACGCACUUGCAGGUGGCAUUGGCUCCGGGAUGGGCAGCCUGCUGAUUUCCAAGAUCGGUGAAGAGUACCCUGACCGCACGAUGCUCACCUUCUCAGUGGUGCCCAGGUGGGAUUGCUGCUCAGUUUUGGAGCCUUGCAAUGUUAUCCUCACCACGCAGCACCUCAUCGAAAAUGCAGAUGGGUGCAUGAUCCUGGACAACGUUGCCCUGUACAACAUCCGUUUCCGCAAACUCAAACUCACCACACCCAACUAUGUCGAUCUGAACCGCCUCAUAUCCCCAGUCAUGUCCGGCGUCACAUGCAGCCUACGUUUCCCUGGUCAGAUCAAUGCUGAACUGUGCAAGCUGGCUCUCAACCUGAUCCCCUUCCCCCGCCCGCAUUUCUUUCUGGUGGACUUUGAGCCACUGGCCCCUUGGAGCUCCCAGCAAUACAAUGCCCUCACGGUCCCAGAGCUGGUCCAGCAGAUGUAG